AUGGAGUUGGCGAAUUUCAUCCCAGGCAAAGGUUUCAGAAAGAAGAUGAAAACCAGUGGAUUAAUUGGUCUGCUUCUCUUGGUGCUCGUGUACGGUGACGACGCCACUCGGAAACCUAAUUUCGUCAUUAUAAUGGUAGAUGACCUUGGCAUGGGUGACGUUGGUUGUUUUGGCAAUGACACUAUACGUACACCUAAUAUUGAUAGAUUGGCGGCAGAGGGCGUUAAGUUGAACCAUAACAUGGUACCAGCACCUACUUGUACACCAAGUCGUGGUGCGUUUCUCACAGGACGUUAUCCCAUACGCAUGGGUAAGAAUGCUACCAAUAUUUAUACUAUGUUUGGAUUUAACACCGGCAUUGGUGGCAUGCCAUCCAGCGAAAUAACCUUCGCCGAAAUGUUGAAAUCCACUGGGUAUGCUACUGCUGCCCUUGGUAAAUGGCAUCUGGGAUUACACAGUUUUAGUUUUGGUCAUAAUUUUGAAUUCCAUCCAUUGAACCAAGGGUUUGACUUUUUUUAUGGUACACCAUUGACAAAUAUGAAUGAAUGCGCAGACACACCCAAUGGUAGAUCCAGUAUUAUGAGUCUCUGGCACGAUUUCUAUACUGUUAUUACAAACGUGACUGUAUUUUUGUACUCCCUAGUUGGUUUGUUGAGAUUUUCCAGGGUAGUCGGUCCUACAAGUUUUAAAGUGUUACUUUUACUGACGACAAUCAUUGCCAUUGUAGCAUAUUGUAUGCCCUAUUAUAACUACCGAUUUGAAUGCGUACUUCUAAAAAACUACGAGGCUGUUGAACAGCCGUUCAGAUUACAAAACAUGACUCUCCGCCUGACAAAAUACGCUACAUCAUUCAUUGAAGAAAAUAAGGAAGGUCCGUUUCUGUUGUACUUAUCAUUUUUGAAAGUACAUACUGCAAUGUUUACAUCCAAGAACUUUACUGGAGUAAGUAAACACGGACAGUAUGGAGACAAUGUUGAAGAAAUGGACUGGAGUGUUGGCAGAGUACUUGCAAAGUUAGAUCAACUUGAACUGACAAAAAACACAUUCGUAUUUUUCACAUCCGAUCACGGCGGUCAUAUUGAGGAAAUAUCUAUCGAACCAGGGCGAGAAGGUGAACGAGAAGGAGGAUGGAAUGGUAUAUAUAAAGGAGGUAAAUCUCAAGUAUGGGAGGGUGGUGUUCGUGUACCAACCAUAGCACGAUAUCCACCAUUGAUACCACAAGGAUCUGAGAUAUCUGUUCCAACUAGUAGUAUGGACGUAACACCGACAUUAGCAUCGUUGGCAGGAGUGAAAAUACCACGUGAUGUUACAAUAGAUGGAGUUGAUAUCACAAAACUGUUAGCUGGCAAAGACAAAGCGCCACCACAUGAGUUUCUUUUCAUUUAUUGUGGUCCAUGGAUACAUGGUGUUACAUAUCGUCCUAAAACAGACGACAUUUCAUACAAAGUGGUAUUCACCUCACCAAAAUGGACUCCAGACACGGAAGGAUGUUUCAACACAUGGUUAUGUCGUUGCCAUGGUGAAUGGGUAGACCAUCACGAUCCACCACUGGUAUAUGAUCUCACGCAUGAUCCAAGUGAACGGCGCCCUCUAGACCCAACAAAUAGUGAUGUGAGAAAAAUAACAUCAAAAGCUAUUGAAGCAGUCGAUAUUCAUGAAGGGACAGUUGUACCUGUAAUAAACCAGUUUCAACGAUUCAGAGUAGGCCCUCUGUAUCCAUGGUUACAGCCGUGUUGUAACUUCCCGUUGUGUUCAUGUGUAGAAGAAGGUUACGAAAACUGGGAUUUAGUAGAUUUUUGA